ACACCUCAGAGACCUCUGGUUUCAGUUUGUAGAACUUUGGUCUGUUCUGAGGGUGUCUAUCGUCAAUAAAUUCUGAAGUUUGUUUUGUACAUAUGUGUGUUGUUACGAAUUGUGGUCAUUGUAGUGGAGUGAAAAUGAAGCCGUUGCUGGUAACUAGUUUUGUUCGUCAUUAGGAAUGCUUCACUCGUCCAGAUACCUGCUGUACACGGCUGCUAGAAGAGGGGAUUAAUCAUGAGUUUUGAUACUGAAUGGGCUGCAGAGAAGUAUCACAGCCCUCUUGAACCACCAGAACACUGGAAACUGCGCAGGAAAUUCCUAGAAGCCAAUAAAGAUAAAUAUCCAGAGCAGAAAUUAAUUUCUUUAGCUGCAGCGUUUAUUGAUAUCGAAGUUCUGGGUUGCUCGUACAACACAGAACUUACGCAGAUUGUUGAUGAACUUUCAAAAGGUUUUAUGGAAGAAUAUCGUGAACAAAAAAAAAUGAAACUGCACAGUGUACAUGUAUCGGCGUCUGAUGCUGCAGCCAGUAAAGUUAAAGGCCAGGCAGAAGCUACCAUAACAAGUGAGCCAAAUGUAGCUGGUGCAUCUAUUUCAAGCAAGAUCCCCCUCAUAGAUAUUGCUGAUGAUGAUGAUGAUGAUGAUGAUGAUGAUGAUGAUGUUGAACCAGCAACGGAUCCUGAAAAUGAACCAGCAACGGAUCCUGAAAAUGAACCAACAACGGAUCCUGAAAAUGAACCAACAGUGGAUCCUGGAUAUGGACCAGCAGUGGAUCUUAGAUAUGGACCAGCAGUGAAUCCUAGAUAUGGACCAGCAGUGGAUCCCAGAUAUGGACCAGCAGUGGAUCCCAGAUAUGGACCAGCAGUGGAUCCCAGAUAUGGACCAGCAGUGGAUCCUAGAUAUGGACUAGCCCUGGAUCCUAGAUAUGGGCCGGCAGUGGAUCCUAGAUAUGGACCGGCAGUGGAUCCUAGAUAUGGACUAGCAGUGGAUCCUAGAUAUGGACCGGCAGUGGAUCCUAGAUAUGGACCGGCAGUGGAUCCUAGAUGUGAACCGACAGUGGAUCCUAGAUGUGAACUGACAGUGGAUACCGGAUAUGGACUAGAAGUGGAUCCUAGAUAUGGACUAGAAGUGGAUCCUAGAUAUGGACUAGAAGUAGAUCCUAGAUAUGGACUAGCAGUGGAUCCUAGAUAUGGAUUAGCAGUGGAUCGUAGAUAUGGAUUAGCAGUGGAUCGUAGAUAUGGACUAGCAGUGGAUCGUAGAUAUGGACCAGCAGUGGAUCGUAGAUAUGGACCAGCAGUGGAUCGUAGAUAUGGACCACCAACAGAUCGUAGAUAUGGACCAGCAUCGCAUCCUGGAUGUGUACCAGCAUCGCCUCCUGGAUGUGUACCAGCAUCGCAUCCUGGAUGUGUACCAGCAUCGCAUCCUGCAUGUGUACCAGCAUCGCAUCCUGCAUGUGUACCAGCAUCGCAUCCUGCAUGUGUACCAGCAACGCUUCCUGGAUGUGUACCAGCAACGCUUCCUGGAUGUGUACCAGCAACGCUUCCUGGAUGUGUACCAGCAACGGAUCCUGGAUGUGUACCAGCAACGGAUCCUGGAUGUGUACCAGCAACGGAUCCUGGAUAUGUGGAUGAUGAUGAUGUAAUUGAAUUAAGUGAUGACUCAUGUGAGUCGGAAGAAGAGUUUUACACUGAACAAGGAAAUAAUAAUAUGAAAAGAAGAAGAAGACAAAAACUAAAAAAAGUGAAAAAAGUUAAAGGUCAAAUGUAUGUAUCUCGAGAUCUGAGAGCAACCGAUAUACCAAGAGAAUGCUGGACAACCUAUGGAUAUAUGGUGCUCAUUGAAGAUGCUGAUACACACGUAGUUCCCCAGCAAAUCAUAGAACGUUCAACAAGUUUGUGCCGUGCAAAGCUUAUAGUUCAGGAAAAAAAGCAUACUAUUGUGGAGUGCGGGCAAACCAUAAUCAUAUCGCUUUUUAAAGUUUACAUUCGAGGGAAAGAGAUAUCUGUGGAAGCAGAUGCGGUGAGAAAGAAAGCCCGAGAGAGGGCUUACCUAAAAGCUCUGGAAAAGCUUCAGGAACAAUGCUUUACAAUUAAGAUAAAACGUCGGCGUUACGACCAAAUUGUUGGGAAAAACUUUGGUGAACCAGAAGUUUCGGAGGUAGAAGAACCACAGAAUAGAGGACCUGUUACACCUGCUGUUGGGGGUGUAGCUUUGAGAAUGAUGGCAAAUAUGGGCUGGACAGGUGGUGGCCUUGGCAAAGCACAGCAGGGAAUAGUAGAGCCAAUAAGUUUGACAGCCAAAAUGAACAGAAGUGGCUUUGGUAGUCAAUUUAAGGAAGGGAAGAAAGAAAGUGCUGAGAAACCGGGAACCUCAUUCGAAAAUAAAGCACUUGUAUUUCUCGAAUCAUAUGCAAGGAGUAACUCUGAACAAGAUCUCGUGUUCACGGCAGAGUUUACCAGUGAUGAACGGAGUGUUCUUCACAACCUUGCUGCCAAAUUUGACCUGAAGUCAAAGAGCUAUGGCAAGCAGGAGCAACGGCAUUUAGUGAUUUCGAGAAAAGUGGAACCUUUCCGCAUUAUGAAAGCCCUUCUAACACCAGGCUACACCAGUGAAAAAUAUGAACUUGUGAGGCCAAAAGGUCCAAAAACGCCCACAGAACCGCAGGAAAACACUUAAAUAUUUAAACACUAAAAUUAUUAAGUUACACAUUUUCUUGAACAUUUGAAGAAACUUUUAUAACUUAAGCCUUCAGGCAUGUAGUUACACUAUUUAAGAAUCCUCAUGCUAGCAGUGUCUGGUACCAAAAUCAGUAUUUUGUAUGUUUUAUUAGACAAUAGGCAGAACUCUGUAGUAACAAUGUAAUGUAAAACUUGAAUAAAGUAAAUAUGUACAAUA